AUGAGACAAAAUUGUGAUUUGUGAGUAUGAGCUAUUGAAAUAAGAUUUGAUGAGGAAUGAGCAAGGUUUUAUAUUUCAUAUUAAUUUUAAAAAACAAUAGGAAACCUGCAAAAUAAAGUGAUGCCCUACAUUUCAGGUAUUGGCUGUCCUCAUCAAUAAGUGAAAUAUUGCUGCUGCCGCCUUAACACUUCUUUACUGUGCAAUUUUCUCCCAAAGGGCUCAACAUUUCCAGUUAAGCCUCUCAUAGUAUGUCAUUAAUAUGCGAUGUAGUAGGCGUUUACAUUUUCACAGCUUCUCUAAAUACUGAUUCAUGUCCAGACUGUAAACAUAAACCACAAGUUGCCCUGGUAGCGUCUCAAGAAUGUGCCACCAACAGUAUAUAAAAACAUCACACAACACUUGAAUGUGUUGCUUAGAUAUUGUUGCCGUGGAGCAAAAUCACUUACAUCACUAGAUGUCAACUUUUAAGGGACUUCAUUAAAAGCAGAAUUGUCAAAGGGACGUCCCCCAAUGAGGUUACAACAUGUUCUGGUAAUGGAUGCAGGGUAUGCACAUGUGAGAGGAAGGGAGAGGCUGCGGAAGUGUGUACAGUUAAUUAAUAAGCACUUUAUGAGUCAUUCACUUUGGAUGUCCGUCAGCAAACAGUGAUUCAUACCUCAACGGUACACAUGACAGAUUCUGGUUUGUGGCAUUGAUCUGAGUUGACGCUACUUUCUAAUUUAAAGAAGCUUCAUUAUUUCAAGAUAAGAGGUGAAGUUUGUUAUUGUCAUUUCUUUUUCUUUUUAAAAAACCAUCUCCAUCAACCUUUCGCAUCUUCUGCCUCAUCCUCCUUAUUCCUCUCCAGACUCGUUACAAGUUUAAUCUUUAUCAAAGAUUUAUUUUUAGGUUUGAACAAAGAAUAGAGUCAGUGUUGUGCUUCUAUCUUGGCAGAAAUCGAUUUCUUGAUGUGGAGGUGCUGCCAUUCAGAGCAAUAACUAAUCAAAUUGUGUCUUGGUGGUUUGAGCUUUUAAGAACUGCAAGCAGGCAACCCUUAACCACGGAUAAACAGGCCGGCUGUCAGUCAUUUGGUCAAUGAGUUAGCCAGUUUAUUGACCCUGUGCUUAAAUAGACCUGUUGGACUUUCUCCUCCUCCACUAUCUGCCCGCACACACACCAUCCUGAACACUUGCGCUGCUGAAGCCAAGAGUAAAGCGAGCACAGCAUCCCCGCUGACCAUGCACCCAGCUUUCUUCUCACUCCUCCUGACAGCCCUACAUGUGUCUGUACUGGUGGAUUGUAGACCGAGGCCCUGGGACUCACCAGAGCAGCGUCCGGACCGUCGAAAGAGCAGCUCCCACACGGGAACACACACAGAGACACCGGCUGGUCCGGGUCGGUUCUACUUAGAACUCAGUGGAUCAAUGAGAAGAGGCGUUCACACAGACUCUCUAGUUGUUUUGCCAGUGAGAACAGAUACAAGCACCGUUGUGUCAAUAUUUGAUUUGAGAAGAAAACGGUUUCUCUGUAUGGACCUGAAGGGAAAGCUGCACGUCUCUAGACAAAAGGACAAAGCAGAUUGCCUCUUCCAGCCCAUCUGGUUCGAUCUGAGAAACCACCGUGACGUGUUUUCCACUGCAACUGGCGGCAAACUGCUCAAACUGCAGGGAGCUGCUCACCGAGAGCAGACUGAGGCCUCCUCGGUGCAGCUGGAGAUGUUCCUGGGUCCCUUGGUGAAGAGACAGAGGAGGAGUGAGGAGGUGAACCCCUCUGAUCCAUUAAGAACACAUCCGCUUCCCCCACAUUCCGCCAAAGAUCACAAGGAGACGUCUCACGGGCAGCCUGAGCAGGACCAGGCCGGGGCCGUGUCCAAAGAGACCAUCACCUCCUGCGACGACCCCCUGAGGGUCUUACAACACAACGGGCCCGUCAGUCCCGUCAAGACAAACAUCGCAGACCGGGCAGAGCAAGACUAAGACACUGAACUUUAUCAAAUGAAAAUAUCAGGAGGGGGUGCAGGUCUCUAUGGUUGUUCUGAAAACUCACUUAAUGUUUGUUUGCAUGACAGACGCAGGUAGAUUCCUCGUCCUGCAGCGUCAGAGCCACGUGACGACUGACAGAGGGCUGGAGGAGUCAGGUUCACGUCAGAAGUUAUUUCCAGAGAAUUCAAUAUUUCACAACUUCUGAGAAAAGAAAGCAAUUUAUCAAACCCUUGAAUUGUUUUUUGAUUUAAUGGAGCUAUUACACGAGCUAAUGGACUCAAACCCUGUUACAUCACAGCGCCUCUGUUUGAAUAGCAGAAAACAUUUGACAUAAUCAUGGGGCAGGUUUGGUCCAGUGUCCUGUCGUCCUUUAACCUCUUAUGUCGGUUAAACUUUAAACCCCGGACCAGAUGUGGGGCAAUGUUUAUUUUGCAUAUGUAAAAAUGUAUAAUCUGUUAGUAAUUAUGAAUAUUUAUACAGAAAUCUGUUGGGAGGGAUAAAAAACAACCAGUGCAUGUUGUUGUUACUGGAAAAAAAUGUAUUCAUUCAUUAACAGGAGCCAAUUAUAUCAGGUGCCGGACACCAAUAGUCGCAGAAAUA